AUGUCGUUUUAUUAUUUUAAAUUAUCAUUCAUUUCUAUUUUACUGUGUAUUUUAAUAAUUACACAUAAGUUCAGCCUUGAACAAAUAACUCAUAAUAAAAGUAAUAAUUUUAAUAUUAUAAAUGUAACACACAGGAGAUUACUAGCCGAACCACACAAAUCACAUAUAUUGAAAACCCAUAAAGGAGAAAAUUCAAUGGCACAACCAAUAGUUAAUAAAUUAAGAGAAAAUCAUACAGAGUGUCCUAAAAAAUCAUCUUCCAUUAAGCUUAAAAAAAUUUUAAUACUUGUAUCUUUGUUUACAUUACCUUGUUCUUUCUUUUGUUUUCAAUAA